GGACCAAUUGCUCGAUGGAUUCGCCGCCAACGGAAUCAACGGUCGCUCGAUUGUGCAGCCCAUGCAACCGAUUAUUACGAUGAAUACAAUCUUAACCCCGGUUUAGAGUGGGAGGAUGAGUUUACAGGUGACGAUGAGGAAAGCUCCCUCACCCAUAUUGACCAUGGGUUUCACUCGAAGCUGCCACCCGGUAUCCUGCCUCACGGUCUGCCAACGGUCAAGGAGGUGGCACCGGCCAUAACGCCGCAAGAGCAAAAGAAGGAGGACCUCAAAGAGGUGAAAGAACUAUCAGCCGAGCAGAAGCAAAUGAUCAUCCUCUCGGAAGACUUCCAGCGUUUCAUUUUGCGCGCCGGCAAGGUGAUGGAACGCGCCCUCUCUGAAACGGUCGAUAUCUACACAGAUUACAUCGGAGGAGGAGAGGCGGACGACAUCAACGAUGAGAAAUCACAUGCGAGGCUGUCGUUGAACCGCACGUUCUAUUGCGACCGUUGGUCGAAGAAUCGGUGUGUGACAUCCUUCGACUGGUCGACUCAUUUCCCCGAGCUCAUGGUCGCCUCGUACCAUAGUAAUGAAGAAACUCCGAACGAACCGGACGGCGUGGUGGUAGUCUGGAACACCAAAUUCAAGAAGCAAACCCCUGAGGAGGUAUUCCACUGUCAGAGCGCCGUCAUGUCGACCUGCUUUGCGAAAUUUCACCCCAACCUGAUCCUUGGCGGUACAUAUUCAGGCCAGAUCGUGCUCUGGGACAAUCGAGUGCAGAAACGCACUCCCAUCCAGCGGACACCACUCAGCGCCAAUGCUCAUACGCAACCCGUCUACUGUCUCUCGAUGGUAGGCACGCAGAACGCACACAACGUCAUCUCGAUCAGCUCGGACGGUAAACUGUGCUCGUGGAGCUUGGACAUGCUUUCCCAGCCGCAGGACGUGCUGGAGUUGCAGUACCGCCAGUCAAAGGCUAUCUCCGUCACCUGCAUGGCAUUUCCGCACAAUGAAGUGAACAACUUUGUGCUUGGUAGCGAAGAUGGCUACGUCUACUCAGCCAGUCGCCAUGGCAAUCGGUCGGGCAUUGGUGAAACGUACGAGAAGCACCUCGGUCCCGUCACCGGCAUCUCCGCACACCACAAUCAGUCAUCGCCCGACUUUGGCCAUCUGUUCCUGACGUCCUCCAUCGACUGGACGAUCAAGCUGUGGAGCCUGAAGGACAACAAACCACUGUACUCGUUUGAGGACAACUCUGACUACGUGACGGAUGUCGCUUGGUCGCCGAUUCAUCCGGCACUGUUUGCGGGCGUAGAUGGCAGUGGCCGGCUGGACCUGUGGAACCUCAACCAGGACACGGAAGUACCGACCGCGUCGAUUACCGUCGAUGGCCAACCUGCCCUGAAUCGUGUCUCCUGGACACCGUCUGGGUUGCACGUGACAGUCGGCGAUGAAGCUGGCCGUAUCUACGUGUACGAUGUCGCGGACAACCUCGCGAAUCCGCGCAUGGACGAAUGGAACAAACUGAACGCGGUUCUGUAUGAGCUUAAGAUGAACCAGACGGAUGAGUUCGAUGAGAAGGACAAAAAGUCACCGGUCCCUCAGAACACGUCGCUCACCUCGCUCACCAGCUCGCCACUCAUAUGAAACUCGAUGAUGCGACCGUACUGAUGCGGGGCGGUUGGCCAUUCAGCGGAGCAGCGUUAGGGCGCCCGGGAUCGAGUCCUCUGAAGGGACUAGGUAUUUGGGACAGCCGUGCCGCCGCUAGAGGAAACGGAAUGGGGAGACCAGCAAGAAUUACUACUCGAACGACACGGGUCUUACUGUAGAGGGCUAGAUUGGCUAGGUGGAGAGAUUUUAACCAUCAUUCCCCCAUCUCUAACACAUACACGGAUGAGCAUGCUAUACCUAUGCAGCUAAUUUAUUAAAGUUACUCAAAAGACAUCCAACAUUGCAUGUAUCUUCCGGUAGCUCGGCAAUGCAUCGUGGGUUUAUCGCCAUUUAGUCAAAAAAACUUAAAGCAUACACUAAUCCUGUGCUUACCGCUGCAGCAAUGUACACACUUAAGCUGGAAUUGCGGCAUUACAAAUAAACGAUAAUGA